GAGCCCGGCGUGAGGCGAGGAGGAAGCGCAGCACAUUCGGCCUGACCAAGGACGAGAAAGCCACCGUCCACCUGCCGUAUUACCUCAUCGGCGGGCAGGGAGAGUGUACAGAAACACUGUUUUUGGGGGGGAAUGAAUAACAAUGUUUAAUGAAUAGCCUCCAUGGAUUCUCGUGAGAGAAAUGAGCCGCUGAAGACGAACCUUUGAGUUGAAUCUCAAACAGGCGAGACGCUCCUGAACUAGGACCCGAGGGUUUACAGCAUUACGUUGGAUACAAAGCAUCAAACUGGAUAUAACUUUACACUGAAAAGCUGUCCCAGUAUGGAGCUCAGCAAACUGGUGACUUUUUGGAUCGUGUGCAUGUGCUUCUUGUGGGAAUGUCAAGCGGACAAACCUAUUCAAGUUAGCACAGACCACCAACAAGUGGACAACGGAGUGUCAGAGCUUUGCCGCAUUGACAAACCCCUAUGCCAAGAUGAGAACGGCAUCCUCAGUUUUGAGGCCAUCCGCAGCAUUCACAAGCAAAUGGACGAUGACGCCAAUGGAAAUGUGGAUGUUGCGGAGACUGAUGGGUUUUUAAGAGAGGACCUCAAUUACCAUGACCCCAAAGCCAAGCACAACAGUUUCCACGGCGACGACCAGUUCAUCAGUGUGGAGGACCUGUGGAAUGCCUGGAAGAUUUCGGAAGUGUAUAACUGGACAGUGGAUGAAGUCGUGGAUUGGCUUAUCGGCUACGUCGAAUUGCCACAAUAUGUAGAAGCCUUCCGCAGGAUGAAUUUCAACGGUACAUCCAUGCCCCGUUUGGCUGUGAAGAACAGCACUCUGACACAGACAGUCCUGAAGAUUCUGGACAGGAGUCAUGUUCAGAAACUACAGCUCAAGGCUCUGGACACGGUUCUGUUUGGAGCUCCUAUGAUGAACAGACAUAACCAUCUGAAGGACUUCAUGCUGGUCGUGUCUAUAGUCAUUGGUAUGGGAGGCUGCUGGUUUGCUUACAUUCAGAACCGCUACUCUAAAGACCACAUGAAGAAGAUGAUGAUAGACCUCGAGAGCCUCCAGAGAGCGGAGCAGAGCCUUCAUGACCUCCAGCAGAAGCUUCAGAUCGCUCAGGAGGAACAUCGCUCUGUGGAGGUGGAGAAGGUGAACUUGGAGCAGAAGAUGAGGGACGAGAUCCAUGCCGCCAAACAGGAGGCCCAGAGACUGAAGGAGCUCCGCGAGGGCACAGUGAACGAGCUGAGCCGACAGAAAUAUGCAGAGGAGGAGCUUGAGCAGGUACGUAUGGCCCUGAAGAAGGCAGAGAAGGAGCUGGAGUCUCGCAGCUGCUGGUGUCCUCCUGAUGCUCUGCAGAAAUGGCUGCAGCUCACACAUGAGGUGGAGGUACAGUACUACAACGUCAAGAAGCAGAAUGCUGAGAAACAGCUGCAGGUGGCCAAAGAUGGGGCUGAAAAGAUCAAGAAGAAGAGAAAUACUUUGUUUGGGACGUUCCAAGUGGCACACAGCUCUUCACUGGAUGACGUAGACACCAAAAUUCUUGCAGCUAAGCAAGCACUGGGUGAGGUCACAGCAGCUUUGAGAGAGAGACUCCACCGCUGGCAGCAGAUUGAGAUUUUGACAGGCUUCAACCUGGUCAAUAACCCUGGCCUGCCCUCUCUGGCCUCCGCCCUCAACCUGGACCCCAGCUUCAUGGGCGGCCGCGGCACACCCCAGCACUUCAUGUCCGACGACAUGGAUGACAUGGACGAGGACAUAGUGGCACCUGGAACCCUGCAAUAUGCUGCCUGGCUUAUGAGCCGUCGAGCGAGUGAUGUUUGGUCUUUGAAUUCAGACUGCCAGUCAUUUUGGAAGUACUCUGCUCCCAGUAUGAUGUCACUCCGCCAACGCCACAUCGACCCACAGCUGGCCCUGGGCUCGCAGAGGUUGGUAGAGACCUGUCUUUUGACUGGUGGGCAAGAAGGAGAGGGUAGCUCAUACUCAUCCUGGUCUAGGGGAGCUCUACGUCAGACGCAUAGCCAAUCGUUCGGGCAGUUCGACUCUUUGGGGCUGCCUCCGCUUUCUUCGGCCGUGUCGCAUUCCUCCAUCUACUCUGCCUCCUCAUCCCACGCUCCUCACUCCUCCUAUUUUGCUCCCAUCCCUCAUGCAACCCACUAUCACUCUUCAUAUUUCCAGCCCAUGGACACCAUCCCAGACCUUCCGUCCAAUGAAAGCCCCAGCUAUGGGGACCUGAACCGCUCCGACUCUGAUUCCUCCUUAUGUAUAUCCCAGACUGGCGAGCAGCUGCGCCUGUGCUACAGCGCUAAAGGCUUCCCUAUAAAGCCCACCUCCCUUCUACAUGGCCCACACUCGCGCUCUGAGGAGGGCGCCCCCUCCCAAUCGCACACUCCCAACGGAGGCAACCGUGUCGUAGACGGGAGCGCCUCUCCCGAUGGAGGCUCCGAAAGUCCCAUUUUAAUGAAGAAGGUGUACAGCAUUGAGAAAUCCGCCAGCAUGAGCGAGAUUCACGGCUCGCAGGUGGUGAUGUCCAUGCCAGAAUCCUCACGUUCCUUAAGCCCCAACUCCACUGAACCCGACUCUCCAUCCCCCAUUGGACUGACUGGGGUCAAGGCAGGAAGCCGCAUCCCUCAGAUAUCCUCGAAAAAGAGCCCCCUAGAGGAGGACAGUGGUUCUACAGGUGAAGAUACUGACUCUGUUGCCAGUCGCAAGAAACACACCUUCAAGAUCUUCAAGAAACAGAAGAAAUAAGAAACUGUGCUGUUUUAUUUUUUCCUCUUUUCUUUCUAUUGUAUUGUUACAAUCAAUGUUUUGAUUCUCCCCUUCCUCCCAUCCCCUUCCUUCCCAUCCCCAUCACCCCUGGUGAGAAGCUGGCACAACGAAAUUCCUUUUCAAGCUCUGUGUAGAAACCUUUUGUCUUUUCAGAGGAACCUUAGGAACAAAAGCAUGGUUUUUGGGUGUGGGUGGGAAUGGAUCACCAGUGGAAACAUGUUGGACUGUUUUUUUUGGGGGGGGGGGGAAUGUGACAUUAUUUAUUCAGCAGGAGACAGUGCCAGACUUUCAAAGCAUUCUUCCACCUGAUGGACUAUUCUUUCCUUGUAUAAUCCGUAUCUGUUUGCAUGUCUUCGCCUUUGUUUGAUUGCACUUUGAAUGCUCCUAUAUGUUUGCUUGGUUCUUGCUCCUAUUUUCUUAAACACAAAAUAUCCUGGUUCUUUUGUUUCUACCAGCACACUGUCUCUUUUGUCUUUCAAGUUAAAACAAAUCAUCAACUGGACAUUUAAUGGUACUCUUCAGUGUUCAUCAAGGGUGAGAGAACUGUAAAAGGGCUGAAAUAUCGUGUGAAACUGCCCUCAAAUAUGUUGCACUAUUUCUGAAUGUUGAUGUGUUGGUUUUGUAAAGAAAAAAAUAAUUGAGAACAUGCUGGAAACACAAACAUGUUUACGCAAAUCGAGACACUGAACGUAUCUCUAAGGCUUCAGGGAUUCCUGGGAUGUGGUGUAAUUAAGCGAUUACAAAUUUUGUGUAGAUCAUUCCAAAUCUUUCAGACAAAACAAGGUGGUGUAUGAAUAUUCACAUGAAUGUUUUGAAGUGAAGAUUUUUUUUAAACCUUCACUGUAAACCGUGGCCUCAUUCGUUGACUGUUAUUGUUGACAUCAGAUAUGGAGACCCCAUCAAAAUGCACCCAUUGUUUUGUAAUGAUAAAGUAUAAAUAAUUACAGCUUCAAGAGAUUUUAAGAAAAUAUUAUCAGCUUUAUCUAAAGUGCCAAACCGAAGCCUCUAUACACUAAAUUUAUACACUUCCCGAAGUUCAAAUUUCUGCUUAGUAAGACCACAAAUCUGAGUCUUUGACAUACUUUAAUUGGCUUAAUUGUAGUGAUUGAAAAGAUGCAUAGAAUUAAAAUGUUUUUUAAUAGAGUUAUUUUGAAGUCAUCUGUAAAAGAGUGCAUUGAUGCUCUGCUUUGAAUUUGAUAAGGCAGUUGUUUUGACCCACAUAAAAUAUAAUCCUUGUUUUGGGGGUGCUGUUUUAAGUUGAAAGCAGGCUAGGCCACACAAAAUUGCUGUCAUAAUGAAGUGACUUUAAGUGCUUUUAAGUGGUCCGAUGUUUGGGCAGAUGAGUUUUACCACAGUGCAUUUUCAGAGAUUGGAGACCAGUUUCUGUUCUUAUGGUUUAUGUAAUGUCAAAGAUAAAUGGCAUUUUUAUCCAAUAGCACUAAAAUGAACAAGCACACUUUCCGUUAAUAGAGAAAGGGGGGUUACAAAUUUAUUAGGUUUACUGUAGUUCUGCAUUAAAGGAGUAGUUCACCCAGAAAUGUCAAUAUAUACUCCGCUCCAUGUCAUUCAAUGAAGAAUAUUCCUGCUGCUCUUGGUGAAUGAGGACUGUGGCUGUCGAUCUCCAAAUUCAUUGGAUUAUUGGCUCUGUUGUAUUCGAUAACCGGAUCAGACAUUGCUACUGUCAUGAAUGUGCCAAAGAGAGCUAGAGCAUUUCCAGUUGAAUUAUUUCCAAUGAAUAAAAACGUACAUUUUGGUCUGUUUCCUACACAAAUACUAUCGCAAGAUUUGGAAUCUAGUGUACGAGUUCUAUGGAUCACUUUCAUUAUACUUUUAUGGUGAAUUGAAAAAUUCACCUUUUGUGUGUUUGGAAUGACAUGAAGGUGAUUAAACCACCUAACUAUUCCUUGAACUAUUCCUUUAACUCAUUAAAUUGGUGAGGAAUGGAACUAUGCAUUUCAUUUGUUUCUACCCCCAGGUUUUAAAAUCCACUAACCUGGAGCAAACCAAAGCAGCGCUGCACGAAACAUGAUUCUCUGUUAAUUAUUUUGUAAAAGAUGGAAAAAGUCCACAUCCAAAUGCAUAUCAACCAAUCAGUCUUUACCAGGAAUGAACUGUUGGUCAAAUGUAUUUCUUUCAUCUGUGCCUCUUUUGCACGAAGAAGCUCUUUUGUCAGUGUUGCCCGUGUGUCGGUCCGGUCUGGUCCAGUAAACUGCACUUCACUGUGUUGAUGCAUGUUCUCAACACCAGUUCUCAACAACGGACGGGAGAAGAUGGGGGCUUUUUUUCACACUGUCUCUCUUUAGAUAUUUCACUGUUUACUUCUCUGUUUGAGCUGUUUAUGCUUAUAACGUAUAGGGAGAGGAAGGAAAACAAAAGGAAAAAAUAUAUAAUUUAGCAUCUUCUAUAAUGUUCAAAACUGUAGUCUUCAAAUUUUAUGGCACUCCUGCAUGAAAGCAAUAAAAACAUUUUUAAAAGAA